CAAAUCUUUUUAGCUACAUCAACUUUUUUCUUUCGUAUAUUUCAGAGAAAUGAAUAUGAUCAAUGCUAAGAAACUAAUCAAGAUGGCAAGGAAAUGGCAGAAGUUUGCAGCCAAACAGAGGAAAAUAAUUUCUUUUCCAAGAUCCGAUUACCAUGAUGCAGAGAGUUGUAGCACAUCCUCUUCUAUAGUUGGCAAAGGGAAUUUUGUGGUCUAUACAACGGAUCAGAAGCAAUUUGUGGUUCCUUUGGCUUAUCUUCAACACGGGGUAUUCAGACAACUGUUGAACAUGUCUGAAGAAGAGUUUGGACUUUCAUGUGAUGGCCCUAUUACAUUACCGUGUGAUGCCUUAUUCAUGAACUACAUCAUAUCACUCAUCAGAAGAGGUGUAGGUGCUGAUCUGCAGAAUGCUUUGCUUGUGUCUGUUGCUUCCAGCCAAUGCUCAUUAGCUUUAUACCUGCAAGAACAAACAAACCUGCAAUUUCUAGUUUGUUAACCUAACUGUGAUAAGUUUUGUAGUGGAUACAUGAUACUCAACAAGUGUACAGAAUGUUAAAAAUAAUUAUUCAUCAAA